AUGGGACAAGAGCGCAAGACAUCCGGGCAGUUAGAGAUCCAUGACGUAAACCCACCUAAUCCAGAUAGCUACUGUCGGAAAUGCAGAAACUCCAGACGUCGGUUAAAUUCUAAGAAAUUUUGCAAGAGAGAUUACGCGGUGAUCAUACAAAUUCUGUCCCGCGAGAAAGAAGGUGACAACUGGGUGAAAUUCGCUAUCAGCGUUUUAUCUGUGAUGAAGCGGACAAAAACGAAUAUCCAUAGAGGGCGUUCGGUGAUGUGGAUCUCCAGAAGAGAUUUAGGCUGCAAGUGUCCGAAGAUACGCAUCGGUAGACGACACAUUCUACUGGGGAAUUCGGCUGGAGGCAAUGAGAAUGGCUACAUCAUUAACUCCCGUAGCAUCAUUCUGCGCUGGAAGAAAAGAUGGCACAGAAGAAUUCGCAAGUUUAUUAAAUAUGACAAUAGAAGGAAAUGUUAACUUGAGAGAUGAUGUAUGUAUGCAUGUAUGUAUGUUUGUAUGUAUGUAUAAAUAUAUAUAUAUAUAUAUAUAUAUAUA